AUGCCUUUCCUCCUCUCCCGUGAGAGCAAGGCCAGCAACUAUGCUAAGGACACUGAUACUGACGUCGGGUCCGUUUGCUCGUGCGACAUCAAGGGGGACAACAGACAGCAACCCGCUUCUACAACCAGGGAGAUCACGGCCAAGUCUUCAUUCUCGUCGAGUGAACGCAUCACUCCGGAACAGCUGGCCAAGUACAAGAAAAUGGCGAUGCGGAAUUCUAUGAGAAUCUCGUAG